AGAGACAGAGACAGAGACAGCGAAAGAAAGACAGAGAGAGACAGAGAAAUGGACCGAGAGUGCAUCACACGAGGGGUCAGGAGGAGAUGAAUAGAUCUACCCAACGGACCCAUGGACCUUUUUGACCCCUCACCCCUGCAGCGAUUGGCUCUCCUGGUGUUGUGGCAGGGCCUGGCGUUGGGACUGAGCAGUUCUGCCUUGCGGUACCAAGUGGAGAGGAGAGACAGAGACAAGGCUGUGACCUGGAUCCAGGCCAGGCGGUUCUGUCAGAGGCACUACGUUGACCUGGCUGUCCUAAGCACCCAGGAUCAGUACCAUUUCCUUCUGCAGACCAUGGCUGCUGGUGAGAGGGACACCUUCUGGCUGGGUCUGCAGCCCCACACUGCCCCUGGUGGCUGGGGGUGGAAGUGGGUGGAUGGCCAGGGGCUGAGCUAUGAUCGCUGGUAUAUAAAGAGUCUUGGACCUGGACUCUGUGGUUGUCUGGAGACCAGCCUCAAAGGGGAGAAUAAACUACUGUCCAGAUCCUGUGGCGAGACCGUGGAACGACAUGGUUUCAUCUGCCAAGGCGCUGUACCCCCUGAGCGGCUAAAGGCGGAGUCUGAAGGGACUGAUCAUGUGACUGUGCAUUGGGACACGCCCCCUCUGAUGCAGACAGCUGAUCAUAGCUACAGAAUUACCACAUGUAGCUUCCAGCCUCACCCUCAUCUUUCUCUCCUCCACCCUUCUCUCCCUCCUUGCCACACCCCUCCUCUUUUCCUCUGUCCUUUCCCCCACCCCCCUCAUCCCACCACCCCAUGUUGCGUCCUCCACCUCCCCUACUCCAACAGCUCCACCUCCCACUCCACCCGGAUCUCUGGCCUAACCCCGGGAACCCAGUACACCAUCAGCGUUGCCAUAGUGAUCACGCGCCCAGAUCCUGUCACCGGUGACAACGUCACCACCGACAGUGACCCAGUCACAGUGACCGUCACAACAAUAGGGGGCGGUGGUGGGCAGCUGGUGGUUGCCAUGGUACUGAGUGUGGUCAAGUUCAUCUAUCUGGCUGUCUUACUCUGUUUACUUUACCUCAUCCUGAAGAGAAAUGCUGUCCAGGCUCCUGAACUUGAUCUGGAAUCAGUAGAACUCCCUACUGAAGAAGAAUACAUUUUAGACAUGAUUAAAACAGGUCCUAAUGAAGAAUGCAUUGUUGAGCUGCCACCUGAAGAAUAAUGCAUUGUCUGACUAGAACUGGUUCUAGAUCAGUGGUGCCCACUCCUGGAGAAUGCAUUGUUGAAUGCAUUGCUGCCACCUGAUUACAACUGGUUGUAGAUCAGAAAACAGCAGCUCUACCUGCUAAAUCUACCAGCUUUUCUUGAUAGUGUAGAGAUUAAUGGAGAAUAUAAAUACAAGCUGCGUUAUUAGUCUUGAUACAUACUUAUAAACAAAAUAGUUUUAUCUUAACAAGAUAUACCUGUUUAACUAUACGUUUUUAGAAAAGUAUUGUUACACACUUAAGUGCAAAGUAGAUUUGUUAUUCUCGACAAGGAAUUAGUAAGCAUUGAGAAGCAUUGUUAAGCUGCCUUUUUAAUAAACAGGUUAGAAAAAUAGGUAUUUUGACCUCAAUACGACGUUUAGAAAAUUAUUUUAUUUAUUUAUUUGACGUUUUACCGCACAUUGUCAGUAGUCAUGAUUUUCAUGCUGGGUAUGGAAACGUGUUGGCUCCUUAUGUAUAUAGAUAGGAGAAAUGUACAUCAGUUGUAUGUCAUAAAGUAUGUAAUAUAUAUAGCCUUAGUUCACAAAUGACACCCUAUUCCCUACAUAGUGCACAACUUUAGACC